AGUGCACCAAGGGACACCACUCGUACACAUACAUUCAGAUAACUUUUAUAUUGUGACAAUGGAAUUGCGCCCUGCAUUCAUCUUGCUGCUGUGCAGUGCUUGUGUGUCGGCGCAAUACAGCGACGAGUCAAGCGGUGGUGGGACGACACUGCCGAAAAAGUCACUGCAAAUUCCACGAAGACUGAAAGCGCAAUCGCGACUGUCCGGUCCGACCUCCCAACAAACGACUAUCAUCAAUCAAAGAUUUCGACGGCCGAUACCAAUAAACAAACCACGUCCAUCAUCCGAGCCAAUACCCGAGCUGCCAGUAUUCACGUCGGGAAUCCGCGGCUCACGACCAUCAUCGGCAGCUCUAUCAAGUUACGAGCAAAACGACGAUGCAUCGGCGAUUCCAAUUCAAACGAUUCAGCAGCCACACAUCGUGCACGCACAGUCGAUUCAUCCAACGCCACCGCCACAGCAACUUGUCACUGAAGUUAAACCCGUCAGCGAGGAGAACGACAAGGAUCAAGAUGUCGUACAAGUGAUUGCUAAUCUCGGCGCUAUCUCUGGAUUUAGUGGCCAAGGCAACUUGCUGACACCGACUGUCGCAUCGCCGAUUCCAACCUCCACUGUCAGCUCGUUUCUGCAUCAGCAACAAGAGAAACAACACGAGAGACAGUACCAUCAACAGCAAAUUCAACCGGUUCAGUAUAGAUCUCCUCAUCCGUUGAUCAAGACUGCGCCCACGAUACACCCAGAGCAGAUCCACCAAGUGAUUCAGCCAGUACAGUACCGACCGCAAAAGCCCGUAAGACUGCACAAACAGCAGCAGCAGCAGCAACAGUUCACCGAUCGCAGCGAGUACGAGUUGAAUGAAGCUCGUCCGCUGGCGAAACAAAGGCCUCAAGUCGCGCCAAAGAAGUCGAAACCGCAGUCUGGCUACUACGAGGGAAGAACUAAGAAACCCGUUGCACAGGUAAUCAGGCGUUACCGUGAGGAGACAGCCGACGGCUCGAUAAUCUGGGGCUUUGAAAACGACGAUGGUUCCUUCAAAGAGGAAAUCAUUGGCAUUGAUUGCAUAACUCGAGGUAAAUACGGCUACGUCGAUCCCGAUGGUGUACGACGCGAAUACACUUACGAGACUGGUAUCAAAUGCGAUGAGGAAACUCAACAACAGGAUCAGGACAUACUUAAUACUUUCGUCGACUACCAGGAGAAUAAGCUUGUAUUACCCAGCGGUAAAACCAUCGACCUUAGCAGCAUGGGCAAAAAGCAGGCGCGUCGGCCUCAACCUAUCUACAGGAAUUAGAAAGAGAAUUUUUAUUCGUUCGGGUUACGUUGGAGUUAAUGAAACAUUUUUAUUUUGUAUUUUGAAAAAUGACAAGCCCUGUGUACGCAACGUAGAAAUGUGAGUACUAUUUUUUUCACAUAACAAUCGAUUUACUCUUUAAUCGACGGAAAUCAACGCUGCCGUUUCGAAUCAUUACACUUAUGAAUGAUAAGACUGCUUUGGAAAGUACUGCAGUAUUCGACUUGCGCAUGUUGGUUUAAUGUUUUAAGAUUUAAUAAUUUUUCGAGAUUAUUUUCGAACUGGAACACACUGUGAUAAGAAAAAAUUUAUACACUGGAAGUUUCAUUUGCUCUGACAAAAGGAGAUUGAAGGCUGGUAAUGCAAACUUGUUUACGGCACGCCUCGCUAUAUCACUUGUUGUGUCAAUAAGAUUAAAUGGAUACUUUGCAAAACGCGAUUUCUCCAUUUUACUUUCGAUGGAAGCAAAAGGCAACUUUUAAAAGAAGGCGUGGAUUAUUUGUAUGACAUUAUGUGAACAUUUGAAAAAAGUUAUCCAUGCUUAACUUUUUAUUAGUUUAACAAAGUUAACCUUUUUUUUGAACACUUCUUCGCUACACUACGUUAUAGAACUGUAUAAAGUACAUUUGUAUUAUUAAGUCAUGUAAGAGUUCAAUACAAUUGGCAAUCACUACAUUAUUGCCAUGAUGAAUUGCGCAAAAUGAUAUGACAUUUUAUUGUCUGCGAGGUUUCUAUGAAGCUUUUUACGCUGUAAGUUCAAUCUACAUUUUUUAAACUUAAGCACCAAUAAAAUAUUUCUGACUAUAUAUAAACAAAUUCAUUCAUUGAAAGCAAAUUUUUUAUACUUACGCUGAAAAAUUCAAAAUUAUUUUAUUUAAAUAGUCAAAAUCUUAACAAAAAACUAUAUGGUUGUUUGCUUUCAACGUAUGACAGAAUUUCCAUCCGAUUCAAUCAAUUAAUUAUAUGUAUAUGUAUCUUAUUUUUAAG